AAAGAGACGUUCGACGACGCGGGGAAAGUGCGUCUGAGCGUGUUUUACGGCACGCAGACGGGGACGAGCGAGCGGUACGCGCGGGAGGUGGUGGCGCACGCGCGCGCGCGGUACGGCGCCGCCGUGGCGGCGCGCGCGGUGGAUCUCGAAACCGUGGAUUCCAUGCACGCCGAGGACGCGCUCGUGGCGGAGACCGGGUGCUGUGUGUUUCUGCAAUCGACGUACGGGGACGGGGAACCGACGGAUACGAGCUCGGAUUUCGUGUAUUGGGCGCGGGACUGCGCGAGCGACGGGCGGAUGCCGGAUUUGUUGGAAAACGUAACGUUCAGCGUGUUCGGGCUCGGUAAUCGUUGCUACGAACAGUUCAACGCGGCGGCGAAGAUGGUUCACAAGGCUUUGGUGGAUUUAGGCGCUCAACCGCUGCUGAAGCUUCACUUGGGAGACGACGACCAGUGCUUGGAGCAAGACUUUGAAAAUUGGAUCGAGGCGUUUUGGCCCGCGUUCGAGGCCAAGUUUGGUUUACAUUCCGACGGCGGCGACGAGGAGUUGCCUCGUUACGACGUCAUCAUUAUGCGUGGUAGCGACGGCGAGCGCGCAGCGGCGAGUCAGGCGGCCAAAUACGAAAAGGAGCACUCUAACACGCGCGUCGCGCCGACGGCGGCAAAGCCGUACCUCUCCUCCGUCAAAGUUGUGCGCGAACUCUUCAGUAAAGAUGCCGAUCGAAGUUGCGUUCACGUAGAGUUUGAUAUUUCAGGCUCGAGCGUGCAGUACAAGACGGGCGACCACUUGGGCGUGUUUGCGGAGAACGGUAAGGACGUCACGAAGCGCGUAGCCAAAGCGCUGAAGCUCGACGUCGACGAGGUCUUCCGUUUGGUGAAGCCGAGUGGUGCUCCUGCGUCGCUCGCCGAGCCGUUCGCGACGCCCAUGACGGUCGGAGAUGCGAUUGCGCGGUACGCGGACGUUUUAACGCCCCCUCGAAAGCAAGCGCUCGCUGCGCUCGCCUCCGUCGCUUCGGGCAAGGACGCAGAAAAGCUCGCCUUUUUAGCCUCGCCGGCGGGCAAGGAUGAAUUCGCAAAGUACAUAACGAAGCCCCACAGAUCGCUUUUGGAGGUGAUGGAGGACUACUCCAGCGCUGUUCCAGAUAUUGGAUUAUUCUUUGGCGCCGUUGCGCCUCGUUUAGCGGCUCGAUUUUACAGCAUCAGCUCAAGUCCGGCGGCUAACAAAAACGUCGUCACCGCCACCGUCGCCGUCGUCAAAGAGAAAGUCUUCACCGGUCGCAUGCACGAAGGUGUCGCGAGUACAUUCUUACAGCGCGCGGCUGAAGGCCAAAAGAUUCCGAUUUUCGUGCGAACGAGCACUUUCCGACUGCCGACAAAUCCAGAAGCGCCUGUUAUCAUGAUUGGACCAGGCACCGGCUACGCCCCUUUCCGAGGUUUCUUGCAAGAGCGCACGGCGCUUCAAGCUUCUGGUGCCAAGUUAGGCCCGGCGAUGCUGUUCUUUGGAUGCCGUAACAAAGAUCGCGAUUUCAUAUACGAAGCAGAGAUGCAGACCGCGUUGCGAGAGGGCGUGAUUACCGACCUGGACGUGGCGUUUAGCCGCGACGGGCCGAAGAAGGUGUACGUGCAGGACAAGAUUAUCGAAAAGGCGUCGACGGUGUACCCAAUCGUCAAAGGUACCGUGGGCAAAAACGAGGGCGCGGUGUUCAUUUGCGGUGACGCGAAGAACAUGGCAAAGGAUGUGAACAAGGCGCUCCUGAGUGUGUUGAUGCGCGAGGGCGACUACGCGGCGCACGAAGCGGAGGAGAUUUUACGUCGCCUGAAGGCAGAGUUUAGAUACCAUCAGGACGUGUGGUAG